AUGAGCUCGCGUUUGGAACAUCAGAAGAUGGAAGGAAACAAUCUCUUACCCGCGUUGAAGGCUCGUACAGUCGAUCUGGAGAAGAAGCUCGAGGAGAAAGAUGAACUUUUGAAAGUCGCCAACAGCAAAGCUGAGGAGCUCCGGGAGACUGUAUCAGUACAAAAACAAACCAUCAACGAACAAAACAGCACCAUCUCAUCGAUUCAAAAUCUUGAAGCUUGGCAUGAAGGUGUUUGCGAAGCGGCAGGUCUUCAAUUUAAUUGGCAAGAAGGAUACAAGAAGCUAUGGUCAGCUUAUUCAAAUCAAGCUAAGGAGCUCGAGGCUUUCAAGCAGGCUGAUAUUUUGGAGGGCGCUUCCAAUCAGUUUGCUGAUCUCAGAAAAACUAUGUCAGCUCAAUAUCAAAUCAUAACACAGAAAGAUGAACUUAUUGCGGAAAUGAAUCUUACUUCAAGAGACAAAGAUUUGACUAUAACAGAGAAAGACUUGCUGAUUUCAAGUGCGGAUCCCAAUACCUUUCCCCUUUAUGCGGAUAUCAACAUUGCUCAUCUCAGCGGGCUUGUGUCUAGAAAGGAUAAAGUCUAUGCAAGUAGUGUCAAGGAGGUGCAAGUGGAUAUCAUGGGAAGGACGAUCAAUGAUCGUGUCAUCAGUUUUUUGACUGGCCAGCUCAUUCUUUUUUCCGAAAAGUACGAUCGUGUCAACGCUGUAUGUCAGCAUCAGAUGAUUACGGAUUCACUCAAGAAGCCGCUCUACGAGAUAGGACUGAAGGUUCGAGCUCGCGAGAUGAGGAACGCUAUCGCUUCCAGAACUAGUUCCAUCCCUAGAGAGAAAAUCACAAGUCCUGGAAACCACGCUGCACAUGGUGCAGAUGCAUUCGCAGAUGCUCAGAUGUUUCUUGAGACUGACUCCAAGACUGACGUUGGUCGUGUAAUUUCUGGUAAGCGGGAGCAAUUAGAGUUUACAUACCUUGUACCGCCAGAAACGGUUCAUAAGUUUGGGAGUGUAUGGAAUGACUCAUAUUUUCCCAAAUUCAUACAGCUCUUAGAUCUUUAUCAAGACUUGAAGAUAUGGCGUAAUGAGGGGAUCGGAAGUCUAGAAUCUGCCAUCCGGAGAUACCAUAUUAAACGCCUUGUCAAUAGAGUCUAUUCUUUGAAAGAACUUCACAAUGCGGAGUUAUUUGAUGAAGACAAAGCAGCAAUUAAGAAAUUCAACUAG